UCUCCGUAUCUCUCUCUCUGUACCACUCUCUCACUCUCCGUACCUCUCUCUCACUCUCCGUACCUCUCUCUCACUCUCCGUACCUCUCUCGCUCUCUCCGUACCUCUCUCCGUAUCUCUCUCUCGAUAUCCGUAUCUCUCUCUCUCCGUAUCUCUCUCUCUCUCCGUACCUCUCUCUCUCUCUCCGUACCUCUCUCUCGCUCUCCGUAUCUCUCUCUCUCUCCGUAUCUCUCUCUCACGCUCUCCGUACCUCUCUCUCACGGUCUCUGACUGUCUCUCUCUCACUCUCUGUAUCUCUCUCUCUCAGCACCCCUCCUCCCUUCCCAUCCCCCCUCUUCCCUAUUCUCUCAUCCCCAUCUCGUGCUCCCUCCAACUCUCCCUCACAGUCUCUCUCUCUCUCUCUCUCUCUCUCUCUCUCUCUCCACACAGAUAGAGUGAGAGAUGAGCUGCAGUGGCAGUAAAGGAGAUAUUCUCUGUGUGCUGAGUGUCUGCUAUCUGAGCGCUCCGGACUUUCAGUGUGUGUGUCGGUGAGCCAGCGAGCGCCCCGGACGUUCAGUGUGUGUGUGUCGAUCAGCCAGCGAGCGCCCCGGACUUUCAGUUUGUGUGUCGGUGAGCCAGCGAGCGCCCCGGACUUUGUGUGUGUGUCUGUCGGUGAGCCAGCGAGCGCCCCGGACGUUCAGUGUGUGUGUGUCGGUGAGCCAGCGAGCGCCCCGGACUUUCAGCGUGUGUGUGUCGGUGAGCCAGCGAGCGCCCCGGACUUUCAGCGUGUGUGAGCCGCUCUCUGCUUUACUGAGUGAGAAGGAGAGAAGGAGGAGCAGAAAAGGGGGAGUACCUGAUUCCAGUCUUGUUCGCUGUGGGCUUAGAGGAAAAGGGGACCGUUCUCUCUCUACUGGUACGACGGCAGCAAACAGCCAAUGUGCCUCAACUAUAGGAACUAUACAACGACUGCCCUGCCGGGGACUCUGGUCCUGCGUACGUCUACCAUGGCAUAGCCUUCUCCCAGGGAGACUAACCCACGAACAGACAUGCACAGUGGGCACUAGCAGGGAUCUAUGCUGCUGUCAGGUCCUGUUCGUCAGUGAUUUACCACGGAGGAACCAUGGUGAGCAAGGCGGAGGGUGGUAAAAGCAUGCUCACCAACUCCGAGUCGGACUCAGAGGUGGCGCCCACUCCCUCCCCUUCCGCCUCGCUGGCCCUGGAGGUCAAAUACUCCUUCCUGGACACCAGCAGCAGGUCACAGCAGCAGGUGAGGAAGAGGAACAAGGCCCUUCAGGUGAGAUUCAAGGACAUCUGCGAGGCGCAGAACGAGCAGAGAGAGGCCGCUCUACAGAUGGCCGGGAAGGGGGGCAAGCCAGUCUCAUACAAGGUGGCGUACCGGAAGUACAUGACGGUGCCGGCCCGGCGCUCCAUCCCCAACGUCACCAAGAGCACCGGGGUCCAGACCUCCCCGGACCUCAAGGGCCGUUACAAGACGUUUCCCUUCGAGAGGAAAAAGGGUCACAGCCACACCAAGCACGUAGCAGCGGUGGAGAGAGACAAGGGCCACAACAACGCGUUUGUCAUCGCCGUCAAGCACUCGAAAGCCGUGGAGCGUUUAGGGGACAGGGAAGGGGACAGGGAAGGAGACAGGGAAGGGGACAGGGGCGCCUGCGGCGGAAGAGGAGUACAGAGAACCAGGGCUUUGUUGCAUACUACGGAGUGCAUGGCUACGGUGGAGAAGCACUGUACAGACGGAGAUGAUGUCCUCUACUCUGACUGUCUGAUGCUCACAGACUGCCCCUCUCCCUCCAACACGCCCAGCUCCAACCCACAGGCCACGGACUACCAGAUCUGCAGUGUCCAAUCCAGACCCCUGGAAGGAUUACAACACAGGGAACUGGACUCCUUGGACAGUUGCUCGGACCGGUCGGCCAGUAAACGGCAGCUGCUUCACUCGGAGGAGCCAGGCUCUAGCAGGACUCUGCCGGGGGACAUGAGGGGAUCUUCCUCAGUCUCCAAGGUGACCGGCCCCAUCUCCUGGAACUCUCUGACCCAGGUGGAGGGUCUGGAGAGCCCGACAGCACGGAGCAAACGAAUGAAGGGACUAGAGCUCAACGGACUACAGUCUCAGACUCUACCGCGGGCCGCUGGCUGCACUACUCAGGCACAAUGCCAUGAACCAGCAGCGUUCUCACCACAGACGCUGUCACCCCGGACCACGGGGGAGGCGGUGGGCUGUGGGGGUAGCCGGGUUGAACCAGCGACUGUAGCGACUGCGGGGGGAGGUAACCCCGGGGAGGCCUGUAAGCAGAUAGUACCGGUAGUGACUCAGACAGGGGACGGAGGAGGGGACGUGAAAGCACAGCUACAGGCCAUGGAGAACCUGAUCUCCUCCAGCCAGGAGACCAUCAAGGUCCUACUAGGAGUUAUCCAGGAGCUGGAGAAGGGAGAGGCCCACAGAGAGGGCCUCUCCUAUCGAACCGGACAGGACACGGCCAACUGUGACACGUGUCGGAACAGCGCAUGCAUAAUUUACAGUGUGGAGCUGGACUUCAAACAGCAGGAAGACAAACUGCAGCCCCUGAUGAAGAGGCUGUGUCCCCUAGAUGACCCCCACUUCUCUCUGCCUUACCCCCCCGAGGCCUUCACCUCCACCCCUAAACGCAAGGCCAAGGCCGACUCCAAGAAGCACGCCCGAUGGAAACUCUGGUUCCUCUGAGACACGGCAGGAAUAAUAUCCUAACCCAAACGUCGCCAUCUUAGGUCAGACAGAGCAACAAGUUGACGACUCCGUCUGCAGGAUGAGGGACGAGCGCUGGAGUCACUUAGGAGUGACGUCACCUAUUGGAUUUACGGAAGACAAUGGCCCAAACUCUGAUUCAGCAGGAUAUCUUUGAUUUAUCCAUCUAUCGAUUUAUUCAUCUUUUGGGAUAUGGGAUCACAACAUAAAAACAGAAUCCCAAUGAAAGGUUUUUCAUGGCCUGGUAACCUCCAUCUAUCUAAAACUGGUGAGGCCUUCUAAUAAUGACAAUAUUGGAUAUUAUUGAACUGGGUUUUUGGUUUUGGAAAGAGCGGCAGGAUGUGUGAAAGAAAAACAUGAAAUAUGGAUCCCACCCCCCCAGAGAAGAAAUAUGGAU